AUGAUUGUUUGAGAUUUGCGGUUCAUGAUUGUUUGAGACACCUAUUUUAUCGUCUUCUCCGUCAUUUCUUUUGCAGAGAUUCUCAUAAUCAAAACCAUUCGCGAGUACAGUGUAUUUCUGUAAUGAGGGGUUGAUUGGUUGGAGGGUUUUAUGGUGUUUAAGCAGCAAGAACAGGUGAUUACUAGUUCAAAAAUACACAAAAGAGGGGAAGAAAAGCAAUGGCAUUAGUUCCAACAACCGAGACCGAUGGUGCUGCUGUAUUCACCGAAGUCAACAUGGUUUCUUCCGACUCCGGCCCAACGGUUCGGGCCACUGUUGUACAGGCUGCAACCGUCUUCUAUGAUACCCCUGCUACCCUUGAUAAGGCUGAGAGAUUACUAGCUGAAGCUGCUUCAUAUGGAUCACAGUUAGUUGUCUUCCCCGAAGCGUUUAUUGGUGGAUAUCCUCGUGGGUCGAAUUUCGGUGUGACAAUCGGUAACCGUACACUCAAGGGUAAAGAAGAAUUCCGGAAGUAUCAUGCUGCAGCCAUAAAUGUACCUGGUCCUGAAGUUGAUCGAUUGGCGGCAAUGGCGGGAAAAUACAAAGUUGUUUUAGUGAUGGGAGUUAUAGAGAGAGAUGGAUACACUCUUUAUUGUACGGUUUUAUUUUUCGAUAAUCAAGGGUGUUACCUUGGCAAGCACAGGAAGCUUAUGCCAACAGCUUUGGAGCGCAUCAUUUGGGGCUUUGGCGACGGGUCACAUAUACCCGUUUUUGAUACUCCCGUUGGAAAAAUCGGUGCGGCUAUUUGUUGGGAGAAUAAAAUGCCAUUGUUAAGGACUGCAAUGUAUGCUAAAGGAAUAGAAAUAUAUUGUGCACCAACAGCUGAUUCAAGGGACGUAUGGCAGGCAUCAAUGACACAUAUAGCGUUGGAGGGUGGAUGUUUUGUCUUAUCGGCAAACCAGUUUUGUCGAAGAAAAGAUUACCCCGCUCCCCCGGAAUAUGAUUUUACUGGAACCGAUGAAGAACUCACACCAGAAUCUGUAGUUUGUGCUGGUGGCAGUGUUAUCAUUUCACCCUCAGGGGUUGUUCUUGCGGGACCGAAUUAUGACGGUGAAGCACUCAUUACAGCUGAUUUAGAUCUUGGAGAAAUUGCUCGAGCAAAGUUUGAUUUCGAUGUGGUCGGCCAUUAUGCAAGACCCGAAGUGCUUAGCCUGAUUGUGAGAGACGAUCCAGCAACCCCAGUUUCGUUCACAUCAGAUGGUUCUCACAAAUAAUCUCCCCUUGUUAUGCAUUUGAUGAAAAUGAAUGUCGUUUACGCGCUUUUUCAAUGAUAACAAAUGAAAACUUUUGUAUUGAUUUAGACGCUUUACCGACCAACUUACAUAUAAGAUCGAAAGUCGAGUGUAUCUCAAGAAAGAUCCGAACCGGAUACUAUACGGUCUCUUAGAUC